UAAGCAUACUGUAAUUACAAUACUAAAAACGUUCAGACACGUGAGCCUAGCUCCCAGGACACAUCACAUUUGUUUCCAGGUGAGAUUAGGUGGGAGGGGAGGAGGAGCCAGAAACAAAGGUGACAUCUCCGGAUCUGGAAACACAGGUUAUGACAGGCCAAAGUGGAAGAGAAGUUGAUGGAAGAAUAAGCAUGCCAUCAUAAAGUGGAUCCGAAGGGGAUAAGAAGAAGGAUCGGGGCAAAGAGAUGGCACAGCAAGAAGAACCUCUGUAUGAUUUCCCAGAGCCCACCCAGCCAUCGGUGCACAAGUUCUUGGGGCAUCAAAGGGGACGGGCCUCUCUGAGAAGCAUCAGCGUCCUGGACCGUCUACUGCUCACAGUUCCUGUCUGGUUUCAGCUGUCAAUCAACCCUGCCACCGCACUGCACAUAAUGCAGAGGGAGCCUCCUGGGGCCUUCCUGGUGCGGAAGUCUCGCACAUCGCAGAGAAACGUGCUGUGUGUCCGUUUGGCGGAUGACAGCGUGCCGUCCUUUGUUCAGCAGUUUGGCAUCAGGGAGGAACACUCCACUCUGCGUCUGGAGACUUCAGCCAUCAGCUUUCCAGAUCUCCCAAGACUAAUUUCCUUCUACUGUAUCAGCAGAGAUGUAUUACCCUUCCCUCUGGAGCUUCCUGAAGCCAUUGCAAAGGCAACAUCCCACAAAGAGCUUGAGUCCAUCUCACAUAUGGGAAUAGAAUUCUGGAGUUCCCAGCUAAACGUCCGGGGGCCACGAGAGGCACCUAAGCCUCAGAAGAACAUGGAGAAGAAGCCAGACACUGUAACCUCAGCCCUGACUGCUGCUGCCCCACAGACCAGCUCUGCUGCCCAGCCUAAUUUAGCCCCUCAGCCCGACUUGGACAACCACCUCAAGACAGCACAUGAAUCAGACACUGCCUCCAAACAAUCAGGCCUCAAUCCCACCCUGUUCCGUGAGUUUUGUCCAAUCACAACACGCAGCCCCAAAGAGCUGGACUGUGGCUCUGGCCAGGGCGCUCUCUGUUUCGUCAACCCCCUUUUCCUGCAGUCGCAGAACACUUUGUCCAGACGGCGUAUGUUCAAACACAGCGUCAAGGUUCGGGUUUCCACUGAGACGUCGACCAUGCUGUCGCCCCCGUUUGCCCCCCCUCCUCCACCACCUCUAAUGCCCAAAACCAAAAGGAAAUGUACAGUCCAGAAAUGUGGACAAGAAACCGCCCAUCCCAGUGAAGGCCCGGGCCUUUUACAGGGUGAGAAGCCAAGUCAAGCCAUUCAGAUUCUCACAGUUCAGGACACUCGGCCCCAGCCUGUGAUACAGGCUCACGUGGAACCAGGCCCAAGUAAAGCUGGAGUCAUGGGAGAAGAGGCUACAGUUCAGCUACCAACAGUAAUAGAGCAACUUCCGGAUGUCUCAGACUACAUGCAGCCCUCUGCAAUGAUCAGUUUCUCCCAUUCUCCAGUUGUUUCUCCCACGGCGCCUUCCCUUUUCCCCAAAGUAUCUUCGUCCAGCUCGCCUCAUGACUCUCCAGGUGCUACUCCCAAUCUCUCCCCUUACCUCUCCCCAUGUUCUUCUCCCAUGGCACCUCCGCUUUUCCCCAAAGUAUCUUCGUCCAGCUCGCCUCAUGACUCUCCAGGUGCUACUCCCAAUCUCUCUCCUUACCUCUCCCCAUGUUCUUCUCCCAUGGCGCCUCCGCUUUUCCCCAAAGUAUCUUCAUCCCGCUCUCCUCAUGACUCUCCCAGUGUUCCUCCCAAUACUUACCUCUCCCCAUCUUCUUAUCCCAUGGCGCCUCCACUUUUUCCCAAAGUAUCUUCAACCCGCUCUCAUGACUUGGCUUCUCCCUCUCUGUCGCCUCAUCAAUCCCCAUCUCUCUCUCCAUGUGACUCACCAAGUGCUUCGCCCCCCCCUUUCACAGUCCCCAUCUCCUCCUAGCUCAUCCCCUAUAUCUCUCCCAUCACCUCUCCAUCCUUCUCUCAGCUGGUAGAGCAGGCCUAUCACACACCUGCCUCAUCUUUAAGAUCAGAUCAUCAAAGACCAGUGAGCGAGGCUGAGGAGGAGGGAGCAGGAGUGGAUCAAAAUGAGGACGAAGAUGAUGAGGAACUGCACAAAAAGAGGGAAGAGGAGGAGAGGGGUCUGGUUUUACAGAUGAAUGCUGCCUCUCUAAAUGAGACAGACAGCUGCAGCUCCUUCAGCAGUGUUGAAGUAGCAGCAGAGACUCCAUCUCACUCACCCUACAAACAGGAAAUGGUACAAGCCUCCUCAGAACAUUUUAGACUCUAACUGACUACAGUAUGUUUUAUCAUGGAGCACUGUGUAGAAUCACAUAGUAUAAAUUCACAAGUUUUAUAAAACCAAAAAAGCUAAUGAUACGGGUUGUUUUGCAUGUUAAAAGUGCAACUUGUGUACAUGUUUUAUGAAGUUAUAUUGUGAACCAUUUUAAAGCAAACCCAAACAGAUUUCCUACCUGACCAGGGAGCCAUUUCUUUCCUUUUAAUAUCAGUAUUUUCUGAAAAUUAAACUGCAGGGGCAUUAAACUUGAGUUACAUAGUCCACCACAGGUGCCUUCUACUGUCAUAUCUAUUAGAAUAAAAGCUGAGAUUUCA